GCCUUGAACGCAGCACUGCAGUCCUGUGGGGCUUCUGAUUGUUUUGGACGCUGCAGAGUUCAAACUGUGAGAGAGAAGAACAACCUGCCAACAACAACCUGCAUACCAUGUCUUCUAGGAAAACAGUGACAAGUGCUUCAAGCAGCUUUUCCAUGCACUCCAUCAGGAACCUGUUAGUACUCUCCUCUCUGUGUCAUGUCAUAUCUGCAAACACUGACAGAGAGAGAGCACACACCUUGAUGACCGAAAAUCCUCUUAUUGAUGGUCAUAAUGACAUCGCUUUUCAGCUGAGGAUAGGUUACAACAGUUCCCUGAAUAAAAUUGACCUUCAUGAUGUCAGCAAACUGAGCACCGACAUCAAUCGUCUCCAAGCAGGCCAUGUUCAGACACAGAUGUUCGCAGCCUUUGUGUUCUGUACGACCCAAGAAAAGGACGCCGUGAGACUGACACUGGAACAAGUGGAUUUGAUCAGACGCAUGUGCACUGAGUACGAUGAGUUUAAGUUGGUCACAUCUUCCGAAGAACUGAAAAAAGCUAAAAUGGACAAUAAGACAGCGUGUCUCAUAAGCGUUGAGGGGGGGCACUCCAUCGACAGCAGCCUGCAAACUCUGCGGAUGUUUUACCAACUUGGGGUCCGGUCCAUGACCAUCACACAUAACUGCAAUACACCCUGGGCAAAGGCAGCUGUACAAGAAUAUAAGUUUUAUCAAAGUGGGACUGAGAACCUGACAAGCUUUGGGAAGGCUGUGGUGGAGGAGAUGAACAGACUGGGGAUGAUAGUGGACAUCUCCCACACUUCUUCGUUCACAGCCUUGGCUGUGCUGAACCACACCAAGGCUCCUGUUAUUUUCAGCCAUUCGUCCUCCCAAGCCAUCUGUAAUCACGAUCGCAAUGUACCUGACUGGCUGCUGCUCGAGCUGAAAAAGAACAGAGGGUUGAUUAUGGUGAAUUUCUACAACAGAUUCAUUUCCUGUGGAGCCGAGGCUAACAUCUCUAAUGUGGCUGACCAUUUUGAUCACAUUAAGAAGGUGAUUGGAGCUGAGUCGAUCGGAAUAGGGGCGGACUAUGAAGGCGUCACAGAAUUACCCAAGGGGCUAGAGGAUGUGUCCAAGUAUCCUGCCCUGAUCCAGGAACUGCUGCGGAGGAACUGGACAGAGGGCGAAUUGGCUGGUGUCCUCAGAAAGAAUUUCCUGCGGGUUUUUGAGGAGGUGGAGCGGGUGCGUAAUAACUUAAGUCACAAGUCACCCAGUGAGAUCCCGAUUCCCGAGGAGAUGGUCCAGAACCCCUGCAGACUAGGCUUUAAGCUUCCUGAGAAUCAAAUACAGAAGACUAGCUCCUCCAGAGCCCAACAAGGAGCUGCAGAUCUGCUGAUCCUGGCUACUGUUCUGCUGCUUUCCAGCAUAUUUAUGAUUGAUUGAAUAUUGAAAAAUGCACUUCAGCCAAAGAUGGAACUUUAUUAUUCAAAGUUGUUUUCAAUUUGUAGUUUUUGUCUUUGCUUGUGAAAGUUGACCAAUAAUGUGACUGGAGGUGGGGUCACUAUGCUGGGAAUAAUUAUGGUAAAAUGUUUAGUUAUGUGAAAAGUUACAUGAUUUAUUGCUGAAACGGUAUCGAAGGCUUCAACAAAGCAGUCAAGGCGAAGUGUAACAUUAUGCACCCUCAGUGCAGUGUGUAUUUUAGUUGUUUGGCCAAGCAGACAACUGCCCUGUCUUUUUUCAUUGAACUUAGAAAUGGUUAAAACCAGAUCUUUAACUCAGAUGAGCAGUUACUCAGAGCCUGAUGCCCUGCUUUCUAUAAGAUUCAGAAUAAACAUUGUGUUGAAAACAAAGUUGAUGAGACUUUGCUGUGUUGAGCUUAUUUUGAUAUUUUAUAUAUAUAACGUCCACAACAUGUGCAUGAUUUUCAGAUAAGCACAUAGCUGUGAUGUAACAGUGUCAUUGUGCUUCAAACCUGAAGAUUAGCUGCUUCUCUAAAGUACUGCCAACAUAUAGUAAGUCUCAUUCAAAGAAUUGUGAUGUGGGAUAAUCAGCUUUAUCCUUAAAAAGGUUUUUGUUAUAGAGACCAUGAGCGUUCUUGUUAGAAUUUAAUGUCUUUAAUUACUGCACACCUUGUCAUGGGUUAUCCAUUACAUAUUAAACACCCUCGUUGACUUGUACCAUAGACUGUAUUUGAAAAUGGAUGACAACAUGUUAAUGAUAACCUUUGUUAGUGGACAGGACACAUCAAAAAUGAUUUUAGGAGUUUCUUACCACACUGAAAACACUAGUUUGUUUUUAAUUGGAUGCUAUAAAAAUGGGAUCAAAUGUUACGAUUGGUGGUUGAAACGGAUUCACAAUUGGUUGUUCGUGUAUCGGUGGGACCUCACUACCACCAAUUAUAUCCAGAGAAAAUGGAGACGCAUGGUCCGUAUGUAAAUACAGUACCUGCAGUUUAUUUAGUCCAAUUGUAUUGAAACAGUUUUCACUCUGAAUGCUGGUCUGAAAUACUGAUCAUACUCUACUGCCUAUAAAAAGACAUGAAACACAAACAUGUGGUCUGAUAAUCUCAUGUAGCUGAGAACAGAAUUUCUUAAUAGUUGUAAUACUUCAAUUUCAGUGCUGGUUGACUAGACGACACCAAUUGUUACUGUGGUAAAAUCGAAUGUGGUUUAAUACUACAGGCAAUGCUCCUGAAGCUGGUACCUUGUCGGACAUAAAACAGAACAGUAACUGGCACAUCCGGAUACACAACAACCCCACAAACUAACUUACAGAAUGUGAACACAUUAUGGCAAUUGCAGGAAAAAAAAAAAAAAA